UUUGAAGAACUACUGCUUCAACAAAAACCACAUUGCAUUGUUGCUGAUAUGUUCUUUCCACGGGCAACUGAUUCUGCAGCAAAAGUUGGUAUUCCUACGAUUGUAUUCCAUGCUACUGGGAAUAUCAAUAUGACAAGGUUGCAGCUGCCAAAUAUAUUCACCAAAAUCGUGAAAUUAUAUGCAGAAAUCAGGGAAUCAGAGGUGAGGAGUUAUGGCGUUAUUAUCAAUAGCUUCUAUGAGCUUGACGGUGUUUAUGCUGAUUAUUAUAGAGAGUUUAUUGGAAAAAAAGAAUGGCAUAUAGGUCUAUUCUCAGUUUACAACAGAGAUAUGGAUACAUCAUACCGCGGAAAAGAACCCUCUAUCAAUAAACACAAGUGUCUAAAGUGGCUUGACACAAAAGAUAUCAACUUAGUUGUUUAUGUGUGCUUUGGAAGUACAAAUCACUUCCUUAACUCUCAGCUUAAAGAAAUUUCUAUGGGACUCAAAGCAUCGUGGAAAGAUUUAGUUUUGGUGGUGAAGAAAAAGAGAGAAGAUAGAGAAAAAGGUCUACCAGAAUUUGAGAAAAUAAUGAAAGGAAAAGGACUAAUUAUAAGAGGUUGGCCUCUUCAACUUUUGAUUUUUCAACAUAAAGCUAUUGGAGCAUUUGUGACUCAUUGUGGAUGGAACUUAACUUUGGAAAGUGUGGCUGCUGGAGUACCUAUGAUUACUUGGCCUAUAGCUUUUGAGGAAUUUUAUAAUGAGAAGUUGGUAACUGAAGUACUUAAAAUUGGUGUACCUGUUGGAGAUAAAAAAGUUAGUGGAUACCAUUCAGUAGCUAUUUUACUUACAAGAAUGUGA